AUGGCUGACACAGUUAGAGGAAUCUGGCAAUCCAUUGUUCAAACCAAGAGAGCUUACCUCAAUCCACACGAGCAUUUCGGACGCGCCAACAUUUGUCGUGCUGCCCUUGCCACUUAUGUCGGAAUCUAUUUUCUUUUCCAGUGGAACAAGAAUAGAAAGGCCGAAAUCGCUCGCGCUGAAAGAAAGGCACUGAAAGCCGCCGGUGGUGCCGUUCCAGCUCAUCAUUAA